AACUUUUAGGGCCAUGUAUUUUCCAAUCGCGAACGUGGCUAUAUCCACAUCAAUGAAGAAAAAGGAGAAACAACGAAACAUUUCCCAAAACCCUUCACUUACCCAGUUGUGAUCUUCAUAACGAACCAGCCGCGCAGGGUAGAAAACAGGAAUUUCAAUCAAAUUCAUUGAUGGGUCUCUCUGAAAAAGCACGAACAGGGAGUGGCUUGGAGGUAAGAAUCUAGAACAAGAAGAAGGGUUUUGAGGGAGAAAGAGAUGAGAGAGGUUGAAGGAAGAAGGCUAUGCCAGGAGUUUUCAGCUGGGUAUUAUGGCCUUUGUACUGUUGGGGGAAUGCUCAGUGCUGGGGCUACCCAUCUUGCUCUUACGCCUCUUGAUGUCUUGAAGGUUAAUAUGCAGGUGAAUCCUAUUAAGUACAAUGGCAUUUCUUCUGGUUUUUCGGUUCUUUGGAGGGAACAAGGUCCUUCAUCCCUUUGGAGAGGUUGGUCCGGCAAGUUAUUCGGAUAUGGCGUUCAAGGCGGGUUCAAAUUCGGUCUCUACGAGUACUUCAAGAAGUCUUACUCUGAUUUGUUGGAAGGCCACAGCAGAAGUUCCAUAUACUUUCUCAGUAGUGCUUCUGCUCAAUUCUUUGCUGAUGUUGCUCUCUGCCCUUUUGAAGCUGUCAAGGUCAGAGUCCAAACACAGCCCUAUUAUGCCAAGGGAUUGGCUGAUGGCUUUCCAAAGCUAUACUACAGUGAAGGUCUUUCUGGUUUCUACCGAGGUCUUUUUCCACUUUGGGGACGAAAUCUUCCAUUCUCCAUGGUUAUGUUCUCGACAUUUGAGCAUUCGGUGGACUUCAUAUAUCGAAAGAUCAUUCAGCAUAGAAAGGAAGAUUGCUCGAGAACGCAACAGCUUGGUGUUACAUGUUUGGCUGGCUAUGCAGCUGGAGCUGUUAGUACUAUUGUCUCGAAUCCAGCUGAUAACAUUGUUUCCUCUCUUUAUAAUAAAAAGGCUGAUAGUAUAGUGCAGGCAGUGAAGAACAUAGGAUUUGGCAAUCUAUUUACUAGAAGUCUCCCUGUCAGAAUUGCACUUGUUGGUCCUCUUGUUACAUCGCAAUGGUUCAUUUAUGACACAAUUAAAGUGCUAAGUGGACUGCCUACAAGUGGAGGGGUCAACAGGCAAUUGGAAGAAGCUUAGCCAUCAACCUUGUUGGAGCUUUCUGGUGAAGGGCAGAACUGUUGAUCAUCAUCAGAUGAAUUCAAUAAAAAAAACAUGGUAAAUUUUACUUUUACCUCUUAUUUCCAUUUAGAUAAAUUAAAAUUUACCAAAAUCUAGUUAUUUUAUCGUUCUAAAUCUUUAGAUAUAUGUAUAUAAUAUUAGAAUAACGGGUUUUUGUUGCAAUGUCGUUGUCACGAAAUUUAUUUUUAUUGUUCUUUUUUCGAGUUCA